UAAAAAGAAAAGGAAAAUCGAUUGAGAGGUAAGAGCCGAAGAGAGAACGCAAAAGCGAGGAGGCAAGGCAAAAUUAGCCGUCGCGCGUUCCACGGCAUCCUCCCGUCCCAGACCAAUCGGCAAUCUUCCAUGAAAACCCUACAGCGCAAGGAGCAGCCGGCGAAGGUCGCGAUGUCCCCGGAGCCCAAGAAGACGGCCGCCUCGCCGCCGCCGGGGCCGGGGCCCAAGCCCGAUUCCUUCACGGCGCGCGAGCUUGACGCGGCCCAGCAGCUCAUCCACCUCAGCGAGAGCAGCACGUCCGCGGCCUCGGGGUCCUCCUCCCCGAGCUCCGUGAACGCCCUGCCGGUCCCAGCGCCCGCGCCGGCCUUGCCCCGCGGCGUCGGCGCCCGUGGCGAUGGAGACGAGGAAGAUGACGAGCAGGAGAUUCCCGGGAGCCCGCGCAAGACGAAGCGCUGCCGCCCGAUCGCCGAGAUCUACCUCGCGACGGGGCGAAUCGGGAGGUGCAGCCUGAAGAACACGAAGGAAUAGCCAAGGUAGAGCGAGGAGGAGAGAGGAGAGGGUCUUGCUUGUAAUUACCCGUAAUUCCUGGGGGGUAGCUUGGAGUUUGCUCGGUCUGUGCUUGUUCUUGCAGUCCUCUCUCACUAAGAGAGUCCUAAUCUGGAGCCCGAUCGAAUGUAGAAACUUUCUCUUUCCAAUAAAUCAUCGGGCUUUCUUGCUUUUGUUGAA